AUGCCGUUGAUCCAUGUUGGUGGUGGCAUUUGCUUGUUGAAUUUGGGCGAAUUGGGUGGCGAAUUGGGUAGCGAAUUUUGGCGAAUCUGUCGAGUGGAGCCUGGUUAUUUUUGGGCAUGUGAUUCCUUGAUAAGGGAGUGUGGUGGAAAGCUUGAUGUACUCUCUAUGGUGGUGCAUAAAGAUGACGAUGAGGAUGGAGAAGGAGAGGAAACAAGGUCAGACGGAUACCGUACAGGGAAUUUCAAGAAUACAGAAAUUGCACCUUCAAAAAAAGAGACAACCGCUCCAACCAGUUCUGGGAAGAGAUGCCUGACAUGCAAUGUGGUGAUUGGAGAUGCACAGGAGUUCAGGGAGCACUACAAGAGCGAUUGGCACGAGCAUAACUUGAAGAGGAAAGUCAGACAGCUACCACCGUUGAGCGCGGAAGAAUGCUUGGAUUCGUCAGUUGCGGAUCAGGGAAAUGACAUGAACGAGUACAGCCGUUAA